GAGUUGAGAUGACUUUUCUAUUUCCAAAUUGCUUUCUUUCUUCAACAGGUGGAUAAAUACAAAAGCCGUACAUGCUGACAAUGUAUGUACAGCGACAAGCCGUAAGCAGAGCCACCGUAGCGCAACCUCCAGCCAAUGGGAAGGCACGGCCCAGAUUUUGCGCUCCCGGGCGCCCCCAAUCACAAAUUGCCAUCUCAUUUCCGAUAAGGAUUUCGCGGGCCCUUUAGUCCACGUCACUCUCGCAGCGCGCCCAGAUUCAAAUAUUUGAAAACUUCGAAUAUCAGGGCUUUCCAGUGGGGACCGUAGCAUGGACCCAUACGCUGCUCUCUCUGGGUCGCUGUCCACUCUUUUUUCUCUCCCUUUGUAAUUGAAGCUGCUACCGCGACUGCUGGAGCCAAAGUUUUAUUUUGCCCCUCGCCCACCUCUGGACAAUCUUCUGCCACUGUUCUCUCGCUCGCCAAUAAUCAAUCCCAUCAAAAGCGGUGAGCAGCACUAGCAGCAGCUGAACGAGCGAGCGAGCUUUGCUUUCGAGCCCUCCUGUUCCUCGCUUAAAAGCUGUGACGCGGUUUUGAUCUCUCCUCCUGUGUGUCACUCUGCCAUGUCCUCGACUGCCGCGAUGAUUUGAUGCGAUAUCGAUGUGAUCUUCUUUCCCUUUGCCUUUCUCCUUCCCUGUAAGUAGCCCGAGCUUCCCAUUGGCUUGAGCAACUGGCGCGUGCUCGGCGGAGGGGAUAACACCUUUCCACAAUUCCUCUCGGACAGCUUCAAGGCUUCUCUGCUUCUUCUUCUCUUUCUUAGCGCCUGUCGGUGCGAGAACGCUGAGGUUGUUAUAAGCAGGAGAUAUGGAAAAGGCGAGUAGUACCUCCAAGUCUAGUAGUAAUCUGGCCGCCACGGCCAUGGCAAUAGCAGGAAGAGCUCUCCGUCCCUGUGAUGUCUGCGGUCGUGAGCGAGCGAAAUGGUUUUGCAAGGCGGACGAGGCGUACCUGUGCGAGAACUGUGAUGGUUCCGUCCAUGGAGCCAACGCCGUCUCUCUUCGCCACGAGCGCUUCCGUAUGGGUCCAAAUGGUAUGCUCAUGAAGAACGUCAAGCGGGUGUCUAAGUUCCAGCUCGCGGAGGAUAUCUCUCCCACGAACUCUGCUGCUGCUGUUACUGCUGCUUGUGCCAAGGAUAGCCACUGUCCCCCGAGGAAGAAGCCCAGAUCAAGUCGUUCCCAUUCUCUCGGAUCAAAUUCCUCCAAGGAGAGUGGCAAAGUUAAAGCAGAGCCGAAGAGUCCCAAGGAGUACGCAGCCGAAUUCCAGCCUUGCCAGGAGUCUUCUCACGAGGUUCCCAUCUUUGAUCCACUUCUCGAAGACUUUGCAGCCAGUGAUGAUAAUUCACUGGGAUGUACUGUCCCCUGUGCCACUCCACCCGACGAAGACGACGAGGAGAUGUGCUUCACCGUGCCAGACGACUGUGAUCUCGACGGCUUCCUCGACAGCGAAGCAGAUCUGGGCGUUAUGGACGGGAUCAUCUCGGGAACCAUUGAAAUGGACGGAAUUGCAGACCUUGGGGACGUACUAGGCGAGUCCGAGUGCAAAACUUUCACGCACGACAGCUUCGGCAUCGACUUCCCGGCGAUCUUCCACAGUCCCUCCCCGAACAGCGAUGGAUCCGUCGCAGAUGCCUUUGACUCUGCUGAUGCCGUGAAAGUAAAGACCGAGGAGGCCGAGGAGCUGGACAAGAUCAAGCUGGAAGUCGACGAGAUGCUCGGCUUUGCGUUCAGUUCCGCCAGCACAGUCAAGGAAGAGGAGGUCGAGAAGAAGAUCACGCUGAAGCUUGACUACGAGGACGUCCUCAAUGCAUGGUCUGAUCGAGGGCCUUUCUGGACGGAGGGACCUCGGCCUCAAACAGUUCCAGACGAUUCUCUCUUUGAUCCCGCGAGUACCUUGGACUAUGGACUGGUUCCCGAUUUUUGCAUGGAAAGUACGGAAGUUGAGGCGGUUGGACAGGUACCGGUUGUAAACUUCGGGGAGGAUAGACUUACUCCACAAGGCGGAAGAGAAGCUCGUGUCAUGAGAUACAGAGAAAAACGGAGAACUCGACUGUUUUCCAAGAAGAUCCGCUACGAGGUCCGGAAACUCAAUGCUGAAAGAAGGCCACGGCUAAAGGGUCGCUUUGUAAAAAGAACCAACAGCACGCCCCACGCCUGAAGCCUUCGAAUUCCUCUUUUAACAUAGCUGAGAUCAUGUAUACUAGCGGCACUGCCCUGUUACAAAUAUGUAACUCAAAUGUGUCCCCAAUGAGAGCAUGAUGUACCUAUUCAUCGAGAGUAACGGAAAAAAGGAACGAGAAACUUAGAAGCCAAACCUUGCAGUGUACAUUCUAUAUACUAUAAAAAGUACCAUACUGUACCUCCUAGAA